AUGUUUCCUCAAUUGUAUAAUAGAGACUGUCAGUUAGAAAUACCGUGCAAAACACCACAAAAUAUGCAACAAAUGCGAUAUAAUGCUACUAAUGUUACCCUCUAUAAUAGCUUGUGUUUUUCUAUGAACUCGCAGAGUCCCUGUAUACAGAUUCUUUCAUAUAACCUUAGUUGGAUACAUGACCCCUUUAAAUAUCUAAAUCCUGACCUCUCGAUCCCAAUGUUGCUCGAGGCCCUUACAAAGAUUGCUCUAGGGAGCACAAAUGGAACAGGAGGAGGAGGUAAUAGCACCGUGGCUAAUGUCACUACACUCCUGAUCACAGCCAACAUAACAGUCCCUUUUUUAAUACAGACAGAAACCAAUUCCAGUGCUUCAUGGAACAUAUCUAGACCUGUACCAAAGUGCAUCACUCGGGAAUUCAGCUAUCCCCCGCGAUUUGGUGAUUGCACAGAAAGUGUAGAAACCCAAGAACCGUAUAAAUUUUCUCCUAAAUUCAAAUUAUAUCAGAAACCCAAAGCGGGCAAUCCUUUAGCCUCCUGGGUAUUGUGGAAUAGACGUGGAGCUAGUAUGGAUUUGUCCCCUUUGGCAAGGCUUGAUUCUAUUAAUAUAAGCCUCUAUAAUGCUAGUGGCAGUUAUAACAUAACUAGUCACGUACUCGGUAACUUUACAUCGCAUUCUUUGCAUAAUAUGAGCCUCCUGUCUAGUCAUGUUUGUGUCGAUCCUCCCUUUAUUUUUCUUUUGACAGAUAAACAAGAUAAUGGGACGAUAAUAGAAUGUGCAGGAAAUGAUACAUGCUAUUUAACCCAGUGUUGGAAUGGAACCCAGAAAACUAUGGUAGUAAUGCGUGUACCUACCUAUGUUCCUAUACCAGUAGUGACUGACCCAGAGGAAUUUCCUUUAGCAGUCUUGUUUCGACAGCCACGGGACUUUGGGAUUAUAGCCAUUGUAAUGGCAAUUGUCGCCUCUGCCGCAGCGGCUGUUACGGCGGGAGUGGCCAUGGCUUCCACUGUCCAAACUGUGCAGACUAUUAAUGACGUCGUAAAAAGAUCAUCAGAUGCUCUAUUUGUCCAGGAACGCAUAAAUGAUCAUCUGGCUUCAGGGGUGCUACUAUUAAAUAAACGCAUGGACUUGCUGCAAGCAGCUAUGGAAGAUCUUUUUGAAGUCACCAGCCUAGGCUGCGUUCAGAGACUGCACCAUAUGUGUGUUAUGCCAUAUCCAGCCUCUCUAAAUGAGUCAAGAAAACUUGGGUCUUAUCUAUCAGGGAACUGGUCUAUGGAAUUUGGGGAACUUCAGCAAAAUCUUACUAUCAUGAUUUUGCAGCUGAAUGAAACUAGAGCAUCUGUUGUCACUCUGAAAGGGUUUUCUGAUUAUAUAUUACAGGGGUUACAAUGGUUCAAAGAAUGGGUGGGGGUUGAAUUGUUCGGAGCUGUAUUACUAUUAGGGCUGUUGUGUACUCUUUUUGUUCUUUUCCGAUUAGUACGGAGCCGCAAGCGCGAAAAAAUUGCUCUCCUGCAAGCAAUGGCCGCAAUUGAGGCAGGCAGUUCCCCCGCGGUUUGGCUCAGCAUGUUUAAAGAAGCUUAA